GUCUUAUUGGCUGCCUUGGUCCGUGUCUGACUAUAUCCCUCCCGUCAUGCAGCCCGGCACACGACCGCCUUCUCUCCCCUCCUGCCAUGAAGUUUGGCCGCAAAAUCAGCAAUGACCUCUAUAACGAGUGGAGACCGUUCUACAUCAACUACAACCUACUCAAGAGAGAGCUGAAGGAACGCACAACCGCUCACGUAUGGGCCGAUGACGAUGAGCGUGACUUCACCGCAAUGCUGGAGAAGGAGCUAGACAAGAUCCAUGUCUUUCAGAAGUCUAAGACCUCCGAGCUAUCAAGGCGGAUAAAGGAUGCAGAACGGGCCGUCAAACGUCUGGUCGCAACGGAGCAUAUCAAUGGCGGACACCCUGAAGCCGGCCCUUCGUCUGACCCGGAAGGUCGCCAGCGAGAACCGACUUCUGUUCAAGACGCCGGCUCAGAUGACGAUGACACGGACGACGAGGAGAGUACAACCAUGUCGGUGGAUGCGUAUGAAGAUCAGUUCCUGGCGCUAGAAGAGGAGGUUGCUACACUCGUUGCGGACGUCCAUGACCUCGCGCUGUACACGAAGCUCAAUAUCACUGGUUUCAUGAAGAUACUCAAGAAACACGAUAAACAAACUACCCGUCCCUUGAAACCCACAUUCAUUCAAGACUAUUUGGAGAAGCGACCGUUCUACAAGUACAACUGGGAUGGCCUAAUAGUCAAGCUCUCCAAGCUCUAUGACCUCGUUCGCACCCGCGGUCACCCUGUUCAAGGAGACGCGAGUGCGGGCGGUAACCAGAGUGCAUUCGUGCGUCAGACGACCAAGUAUUGGGUACAUCCAGACAACCUUGUCCACCUCAAGCUUGCGAUUCUACGGCAUUUGCCUGUACUAGUGUUCAACCCUGAUAAGGAAUUUGAACAGAAAGACGCAGCUAUCACCUCUAUUUACUUUGAUAACGAGGACCUUGACCUCUAUCUCGGCCGUCUCGAGAAGACGGAAGGGGCGGAGGCAAUUCGGCUGCGUUGGUACGGCGACACAGAUGUCAAGACGAUCUUCGUCGAGCGGAAGACGCACCGGGAGGACUGGACGGGCGAGAAGUCGGUGAAGGCGCGGUUCCCAAUCAAGGAGCAUCUGGUGAACGCGUUUUUGCGAGGGGAAUACACGAUGGAUGCGGAGUUUCAGGCGCUCGUGACGAAGGGGAAGAAGACGCAGCAGGAGGUAGACACGAUGAUCCAGCUUGCUAACGAGGUGCAAUAUGCAGCGUUGACCAAGAAACUCCAGCCGGUCAUGCGUACGUUCUACAACCGCACGGCCUUCCAGCUUCCUGGCGACGCGCGCGUGCGCAUCUCGCUCGACACCGAGCUCACGAUGACCCGCGAGGACGACUGGGACGGGCGCAUACGUUCCGGCGGUAACUGGCGCCGCACGGACAUCGGCAUUGACCACCCGUUCGACCAGCUGCCGCCCGAGGACAAGGAGCUCUUCAAGUAUGGUGUGCUCGAGGUGAAGCUGCAGACGCAGUAUGGUCAGGAGCCGCCAGAGUGGGUCACCGACCUGGUCUCGUCGCAUUUGGUGGAGGCGGUCCCGAAGUUCAGUAAAUUCAUCCAUGGAUGUGCUACUCUUCUCCCCCACCGCGUGGAUCUGGUGCCCUUCUGGCUCCCCCAAAUGGAGACGGACAUCCUCAAGCCAGACACCGGUGCGCUCACCAUCGAGCGGCCGAUGCAGUUGUCCUCGUCCAAGGGCACGUCUGAACAGUCUGCCGGUCGUAGAUCGUCUGGUGUCACAACGCCGGAGGAUAUGCCUACAGCAUAUGCGGAGCCGGUGUCUGAGGGCGAGGAAGACGAGGCGAUGGAUCUUGCUCCAGCAAGAGACGAGGUCAAGCGCACAGGCCUCAGCAGCAAGGACGUCGCCGCUGCCAUCGCCUUCCGCGAGAAGUCUCUCAAGCAACAAGGCGACCCCGCGCAGCGCAAGAAACCGCCUCCCAUCGUCGUGCGCGAUCACGCGGUCGCGAGCGGAGCGGACGACCACGCGGAUGAGGCGGACGACGAAGAGGAGGUCGACGAGCGCACGCCGUUCUUGCGCGGACGCAGGGCGUCGAAGCCCACGCUCGCGGAGCCGAGGCAGGACCGCGCGCUGUCGAUCGACCCGCUCGCGCCGUCGUCGGCGUUUGACGAGACGCUGCGCGACCGCCUGCGCGAGGAGCAAAGGCAGAAGCAAGUGGACAAGGGAGUAGUGGACGACGAGGAGGACGAAGAAGACGAAGAGCCGGAGUCGGCGAUAGCGGAGCGGAGUCAGGGUCAGGGUCAGGGUGAUGAUAGGAUACUGGAGAGGAGCUGGGUCGCCCCGCCUGGCAAGCGGAUCGCGGUCCCGGUGAGAGUCGAGCCGAAGGUAUACUUUGCGGCAGAGCGGACGUUCCUCAAAUGGCUGCAAUUUGCGAUAUACAUCGGCACGAUCGCGACGACGCUGCUCAACUUCAUUCCGCCGGGCGACAAGGUCGGGCUCAUCAGCGCAGGACUGUUCACGCUCGCGGCGCUCGUCGCGAUCGCGUAUUCAGCAGUGAUCUUCGUGUACCGCGCGCUGAAGCUGCGCAAGCGGCACGCGGAGGGGCUCUACUACGACAAGUACGGGCCGACGCUUUUGUCGGUGUUUUUGAUCGGCGCGCUGGGGGCGAACAUCGUGUUGAGGCUGAGAGAGAUGUCCGAAUAGUCUAGCAUGGCCGGGCCUGGACUUUGGAUGGUGUAGUCGGCGUGUCAAUUGACUUCCUUCUCGUGAACUCGCUGUCUGAUCUUAGUCCUGUGCGGCUAGCUGUCUUCCUUUUCAGGUCCCCCACCACUCUCCCCG